AUGCAGAUCUCCAGAACCUUCCUGUUCAGGGUGUGUUUGAGUUUGGUGGUUUCGACCGGCUCCUGCACCUGCAAGCCUCUCACCAAUGACAUCCAAAGCGAGGACCUGGAGGGAUUCUACUCUCAGCUGACAGAGGACUUUCUGGAGGAGGAAGAUGCAGACUCGAGGAUGGAGAACCUCCUGGGAACCAUGAAGGAGGGUUUUCUGAGGCAACUCAACCUGUCAGAUGUUCCUCAGGAGCACAGCAAGAUCUUCCCCCCUCAGUUCAUGAUGGAGUUGUACAACAAAUACGCCUCGAACAGCUUGGCAGUACCUCAGUCUGAUGUCAUACGAAGCUUCACUGUCCAAGAUAUCAGUCUCUCUGUGACAGAUGGCACAAAGACCAAACACAGGCUGCAGUUCAAUGUCAGCAUCCCCAGCCAUGAAAAGAUCACCACUGCUGAACUGCAGCUCCUCUUCUUCCCGGAUGCCAGGUCGAAGGUCACCUCCCACAGUUUCAAGGCCAUCGUCAAAGUCUAUGAGCCCGAUUACAACAAUUUCACAUCGCAACUGCUGGUCGGCAAAGUGGUGACAGGCUCAGAGAGCACAUGGGAGACAUUUGACGUGAGCACAGCGAUUCAGAGGUGGAUCAAGUUGGGACAGGCAGCAACAGUCUUUGAUAUAGUGGUGGAUAAGAAGCACUGCGGGGCUUCUGAUAGUGGAGCGGAAGGAACCAGCUGUUUAAAUAUGAGCGUGUCUGUUGGAGAUAAUAGCUCAGCGGCUUUAAUAGUCUUCUCAGAUGACCUCGGUAGCAGGAGGAGGGAGGCGAAGAAAGAACUAAGAGAGAUGAUCCUUCACGAAGAAGACACCAUCCUGCACUCGGGCGCCGACUGGAACAGAGGAAAUCAACUUCCAAACGGGAUCCCGGAGGCUCAGCACCCACGGAGAAAGAAAAGAAAGGCGGAGAGGGAAUACUGCCGGAAAACCUCGCUCAAGGUCAACUUUAAAGACAUCGGCUGGGACAGCUGGAUCGUGGCGCCUCCAGAAUAUGACGCUUUUGAAUGUCGAGGAAUGUGUUACCACCCGCUGACGGACGAAUCAACCCCGUCGAAGCACGCCCUCAUCCAGACGCUGAUGAACAUCAAGGACCCAAGAAAGGCCAACAUGGCAUGCUGCGUCCCCAUCAAACUGGACCCCAUCACAGUCAUGUAUCAGGAGAAUGGACGACUCACCAUAAGAUACCUUUAUGAGGAGAUGAAGGUGGCAGAGUGUGGCUGCAGGUAGUCAGAGAGGGCAGGUUUGUCCUGCUGGUGGCGGUGAACAUACACUCUAAAUAGAGGUGUUGUGGUACACCAGCACUGACAAUAACC